AGAGAGAGAGAGCGAGAGAGAGAGAGAGAGACGUUUUCAAAGUUUCGCAAAAGUGUUUUUUUUCUUCUAAAUGGUGACGCAUAUAACUUCAGCGAAUUAGUUAGGAUUGUUUUUUCGAACAGAGAAAAAACCUUGCCACGGAUUUUGUGAUCAUGCUGUCUAUGUUUUUGUACGUCUGUUUGGGGGCAUUUUCAGGAGUUCGGGGGUAUUUUUCAGAGGAGAAGCAACCUCAAGAAUCUACCAUACAGAAACCGACGGUGGUGCUAGCCAUCAUUGCACGGAACGCGGCUCAUUCCCUGCCGUAUUAUCUGGGAGCGAUAGAGAGACUCGACUACCCAAAAGACCGAAUAUCCGUGUGGGCGGCGACAGAUCACAACAUUGACAACACCACGGCAGUCUUGAGGGAAUGGCUGACAGUCAUGCAGAUAUACUAUCACAACGUGGAGUGGAGACCCAUGGACCAGCCCACGUCCUACCCGGGAGAGAUGGGGCCCAAGCACUGGACCAACGGCAGAUACGAGUACCUCAUGAAACUCAAACAGGCAGCACUCAAUUACGCCAAGAGACAGUGGGCUGAUUACAUCAUGUAUGUUGACACAGACAACAUCCUGAUGAACCCACAGACCCUGAGUCUGAUGAUUGCUGAGAACAAGUCUGUGGUGGCGCCCAUGCUGGACUCUCAGACCGCCUACUCCAACUACUGGUGUGGCAUCACCCCCCAGGGUUAUUACCGUCGCACGGCAGAGUACUUCCCUACCAAACACCGGCAUCGCCGUGGCUGCUAUCCCGUUCCCAUGGUGCACUCCACCUUCCUGCUGGACUUGCGCAAGGAAGGGGUUAAGAAGCUGGCCUUCCACCCUCCCCACCCUGACUACUCCUGGCCCUUCGAUGACAUCAUCGCCUUCGCCUUCUCCUGCCGCGUCUCAGGUGUGCAGAUGUACCUGUGUAACAAGCAGCGCUACGGCUACCUGAAUGUGCCGGCAAAGCCACACCAAACCAACGAGGACGAUCGGGGCAACUUCGUGCACCUGCAGCUGGAGGCCAUGAUUGAUGGACCACCCAUGUACCCCUCCAAGCAUGUUUUCCUGCCUCCCCGUCACCCAGACAAGAUGGGAUUGGAUGAGGUGUACCUGAUUAACCUGCGCAGGCGACCGGACCGCAGGGACAGAAUGGUGAGGACACUCUAUGAGCAGGACAUUGACGUUAAAGUGAUGGACGCAGUGGACGGAGGAGCUCUGAAUAGCAGUGAUAUUAAGCAGCUGGGGGUGGACCUGCUGCCUGGGUACUAUGACCCCUUCUCAGGCCGGACCCUCACUAAGGGGGAGGUGGGCUGCUUCCUCAGCCACUACAACAUCUGGAAGGAGAUGGUGGACCUGCAGCUGGAACGGGCCGUGGUGUUUGAGGACGACGUCCGUUUCCAAGGCAACUUCAAGAAGAGGCUUUUGAGGCUGAUGGAGGAGAUUGACCUGGUGGAGCUAGACUGGGACCUCAUAUACCUGGGUCGGAAGCAGGUGAACCCCACUCAGGAACAGCCAGUGGAAAACGUACGGAACCUGGUGGAGGCGGGCUACUCCUACUGGACCCUGUCCUACGUGAUCUCACUGCAGGGCGCAACGAAACUCCUCAACGCAGAGCCGCUCUCCAAGAUGGUACCCAUCGAUGAGUUCCUGCCCCUCAUGUACGACAAACACCCCAAUGAGAAGUACAAGCAGCAUUUCCCGAACCGGAACCUGCAGGUGUUCUCGACACACCCCCUGCUGGUGUUCCCCUGUCACUACGCCGGGGACCCGGAGUGGGUGAGCGACACUGAGACCUCCACGCUGUGGGACGAUGACUCUGUGCGGACAGACUGGCGUGGCUCUCAAAAGACCCUCAAGGGCUCCAGCAGCAGUGCAGGACUGCAGAGCCCCAUCUCACGAGACGAGCUCUAGCAGCGGAGACCAGCAGUUGAGGUAUCUUGCAUGAAGCGGCUGGAUGUGUCCCAGGAGAUUCCAGAGACUGCUGCCUGGUCAGGACACCCCCUCCCUGCAUCUCAGCCCCCUGCCGAGACAGCCCCGGGGCUCCCCCAGCCAGGCAGGACCGAACAGGGCUGCUCCGGUAGCGCAAGAGACUGAACGAUUACAAAUGAGUUUUUAGAAUUCCAAUUUUAUUUAAUUAGGAUACCAGCCCAUCACUUUACCACUGCGACCGCAUGUCCUCUGCGUCAGGAGUGUGAAAGUGCACCUGUGGUAUUGUCUCUUCAUACGAUUAUUUGUUGUAUCAACACUUCUGUGUAUUUAAACCUUAUUUUGCCUGGUUAA